GACCAUUUUUAUCUUUGAUGGUUGAGAUUGAUUUAAGAAGGGCCAAUAACACAGAAAUUAUGCUCACAAAAGUCAAGAUGCCACUUUCUGAUAUGAUGGCUGCAGUCUUAGCAAUGGAUGAGUCCGUAUUAGAUGUGGACCAAGUGGAAAAUCUCAUAAAAUUUUGUCCUACGAAAGAGGAGAUGGAACUUCUCAAGGGCUAUACUGGUGAUAGGGCAAACUUAGGGAAGUGUGAACAGUACUUUCUGGAGCUGAUGAAGGUGCCGCGAGUUGAAUCCAAACUAAGAGUAUUUUCUUUCAAGAUUCAGUUCGGCUCUCAGAUAUCAGACUUCAAGAAGAAUUUAAAUACUGUGAAUUCAGCAUGUGAAGAGGUUCGGAACUCUCAAAAAUUGAAAGAAAUCAUGAAAAAAAUUCUUUAUUUGGGCAAUACAUUGAACCAAGGAACUGCAAGGGGCUCUGCAAUUGGGUUUAAGCUGGACAGUCUUUUGAAACUCACGGAUACACGUGCUUCAAACAGCAAAAUGACGCUCAUGCAUUACCUUUGCAAGGUACUUGCUGCAAAGGCACCAGCUUUAUUGGAUUUCCACCAUGAUCUUGUCAGCCUUGAAGCUGCAUCCAAGAUACAAUUGAAGUCUUUAGCGGAAGAAAUGCAAGCUAUAAUCAAGGGAUUGGAAAAGGUCAAGCAGGAACUUGUUGCAUCUGAAAAUGAUGGUCCUGUGUCUGAAAUUUUCCAUAAGACACUGAAAGGAUUCAUUUCUAUUGCUGAGACGGAGGUGGCAUCUGUAACAAAUCUCUAUUCUGUGGUGGGUAGAAAUGCAGAUGCACUUGCACUAUAUUUUGGUGAGGACCCUGCCCGUUGCCCAUUUGAGCAAGGUAGAAUAUGGAUAUGUUAUCUUUAUUAGUCUACCUUUGUCUUUCUUGAAACUUUAUGUGCAAUAAAGCAUUCCGUUUUCUCUGACCAUUCUCUUGUUUAGCUUAAUGUACAAAGGAACUACACUUGCAUGCGACAAAAUGGAUUAGGAA